UGUUUAUUCUUACGUGGUCCAAAUGCUGAAGGUGCAUUUCAAGUCCAACCUCAUUGCAAAAUGGCCCAAAAACCAUGUCUAGAGGCUCCGAGCUCUGUACAGAGAUUUCUGCUUCUGAAGUCUGAACCGUGGACAACUGGAUAUGGAGUGCUUCCCUAAAACGGCGUCGUCCUCUCCUUCUUCUCCAACGAAACUACAAUGGGGGAAUCAAGUUUCAGGCAAGGUUUUCUCGCUUUACAAGUCUCUCCCGAAGAAAGGAAAGCCUCAAGGUCGCGAAGUUACCGUCUUAGCUGCAUUUCUCAUCUCCUCCCCUUCUCAAGAAUUGGAAGUUGUAGCACUUGGAACCGGGACGAAAUGUAUAGGGCGAUCACGCUUGAGCUCCCAUGGUGAUGUAGUCAACGAUUCUCACGCUGAAAUCGUUGCACGGAGAUCCUUGUUGAGGUACUUUUACACGCAGAUUCAGCUAAAUUCUGAAAUUUACAGUAAACAAAAACUUGGUGAUGGAAACAAACAGUCUGAAGGUGAUGAUGAUGAAACCUUGGUUUUGGAACUGGACCAAGAUAAUGUGGGGAGGAGAAAAUAUAGAAUGAAGAAGGAUUGGCAAUUACACAUGUAUAUAUCACAGCUUCCAUGUGGGGAUGCUUCGUUGAGUUCACAAUUUGCACCUGAGAAGAAUGUUUUACCAACAGAAUGCGGUUUCCAGCCAUCUUGUGCUGAGCUCAAGGAUUCCAUGAAUGGAGAGGCUUCCAUAAAGAGUUUCUGUGAUGCUUCAGAACUUGGUAACUCAGUCCAAAGAAAACCUGGUCGAGGCAAUACGACAUCAUCAGUCAGCUGCUCUGACAAGAUAUGUCGUUGGAAUGUUGUUGGAGUUCAAGGAGCUUUGCUUUCUCACUUACUGCAACCUGUUUACCUAUCUUCCAUUACUGUUGGUCAAUCUUCUAACUAUUCCAGAGAGGUUCUUGUGGAGGAUUGCUUGAAGAAGGCUUUAUAUGAUCGAGUUCGUCCAUUAUUGUUGAAUGAGCUAAUGAGUCCCUUUCGAGUGAACCAGCCACUAUUCUGGGCAGCUCCAAUACCACCAAAGGAGUUUCAACAUGCGGAAACUGCUUCAAUUACUUUAACAUGCGGAUAUUCAAUAUGUUGGAAUAAGUCUGGCUUGCAUGAAGUCAUUCUCGGAACAACGGGAAGAAAGCAAGGCACAUCUUCUAAGGGGGCAUUAUCACCAUCAACCGAGUCUUCUCUAUGCAAAAAGCGAUUGUUGGAGUUUUUCUUGUCACUAAGAUUUGAAUUUCCUAUCGGAAACCGAGAAGAUGAUGUUUCUUAUCAAGAACUCAAGGAAAGGGCACAAGAAUACAAUUCAACUUCAGAACUUCUGAAAGGAAGACCACCGUUCUGUAAUUGGCCGUUGAAACCUCGAAACUACAAUAUCUUCACUAUCUCGAAAUAGUGAGAGAUGUCUUGCUCAGUUUUCAGUCCAUUUAUCUUUGUUUUUGUGCUUUAUUUGGAGAGGCUUUAGUUAGUUAUCUGAAAUUUACAAAAAAGGUAUUAAACAAUCAUUGGACGAUUUGUAGCAUUACUAUAGUAUGAUUCUCUAGGUGACUUAUUUUGCAACUCUUGAGCAGUGAGAUUUACUUGUCAAAUUAUGCAAGUAAAAUCAUUAAAUCAGUGUGUAAUAAAAGAUGAUGAAAGUAUUAAUCAUAUUUAUCGAUGUUAGCUUGAGUUUA